ACCCUUGCGGUCCAUUGACUCCAUUCCGCCAUAAAAAUUUCGAAAACUUUCUAUUUCCCGGCAAACUCUUAAGAGUCCAGCGGAAGAAGAAGAAGAAGAAGAACGAUCCGCUUCACCGGCAUCUUCCCUCUUGGCCCUGCCAACCUUACGAGUCGAUGGCUUGCCCGAUCCAGGGCAUGGAGUCUGUAGUAGCAACAGUCAGUGGUUACCAUGGCUUGGAGCGGUUCAACCUCAUAAAGCUGGUUUCGUAUGCUGGUGCGAAUUAUGUCGGUGUAUUGUCAGGAUCAACAACACACUUGGUGUGUUUGAAAUUUGAAGGAAAGAAAUAUGAUUUUGCCAAGAGGUUGAAUAAGAUAAUAGUCAACCAUCGAUGGGUUGAAGAAUGCAUAAAGCAAGGAAAGCGUGUCCCUGAGCAUCCUUAUAUUUUGAAUAGUGGGGAAGAGGUGGGGCCAUUAUUAUUGGAAAUCCCGCCUGUUACUGUGGGUGUGUCAACAAACAAUUGUAGAGUGCCUGCUGACAAAUUGAAUGUUUGUGACAACUCUGGAAAACAAGCUGUUGAUUUGGCGUGGGAAGUUUUUGGUCUCACAACAAGAACUGAAUCUUGUUUUUUAGAUAAGGGUUUAUUUUCUGAUCCUCAAAAGAGCAAUGACACUUCUCAUAAAUCAAAGCACAAGUUGUUUAAAAAGACUUCAGCAGAGCAGAACAGGCCAACUAGCAGAUACUGUUUAGAGGAGCCUCCUUUAUCUGGUUUAUAUAUGCAGCAUGAAGAGUCCAGUUUCCGUUCCUCUGAGCAUCUGGAUAAAGAGAAGAGAAAGAUAUUUAAUGGUAAUGGACACAAUAUUUUUUCUGAACCUUCAUGUAAAGGAAGGAGGCUUGUGAAAAAGAAUAUUUGUAUGGACAUGUUGGAGUCUGCAAAUGUAGAUUCUAACCAAAAGUGCGACCCAAUUAGAGUUCAUGACUCGUAUAGCAAAAUUUCAGCUUUUCCCAUGUGUUCGGGCGGUACACAGAAUGCCCAUAUGCAGAAAAUUGGGGUAACAUUUGAUGAUCAAUUCCAUAAUCAAAGAGGACUUAGAAAUGAAGGUCGAGAAGCUUCCAAGGAUUCAAAUUUAUUUGUUAAGCAGGAAGGAACUUCAGAAGAUGGGUGUACCAAUGUUGAUGACUUAAGCGAGGGGAUCAAAGAUGAGAGUCAAAUUGAACACGUUACUAUAUUACCAACUUCAACCGAGUUAUCAUGUGUUAUAUGUUGGACAGAUUUCAGUUCAACCAGGGGGGUUUUACCAUGUGGACAUCGAUUUUGUUAUUCAUGCAUCCAGAACUGGGCUGACCAUAUGGCUUCAAGGAGGAAGAUUUCAACUUGCCCUUUGUGCAAGGCGAUUUUUACUAGAAUAACAAAGGUUGAGGAUGCAGCCGCUACCGAUCAGAAAAUAUACUCCCAAACUAUUCCUUGCGCUCCUUCAGACUUGGAUAUUUUUAUUCUCACUGAUCAAGAGACCCGCAGUUUUGGUGCUCAGUCCUCCUUUGCACCUACUUGCAGCGCAUGCCGUUGCCGGGAGCCUGAGGAUCUCCUCAUCAGCUGCCAUCUUUGCCAGAUGCGACGCAUCCAUUCCUACUGCCUGGACCCUCCCUUGUUACCAUGGACGUGCAUGCAUUGCAACGACCUUCGGAUGAUAUACCAUCACACCUAAUACAUAUCUUAAUGUCACGAGUGUACUUCUACGAUGCUGUAUUGAUCCCUUAUACAAAAAUCAGGUGAUUCUAUAUUUUUGAUCCGCGAGAUCAAUUGACCCAAUUAGUUGAUUGAUAUAGGCAAUUACUUAGUUGGAGAA